AUGUCGGAAGAUUCUCCAAAAAUAACGCGAAAUGAUAACGCACGUAAGGCUCGUCCUACCAUACAACUUUACUGUCCCAGAAUGCUGAGGGCUACCGCAGCUGGCAAAAAGAUUGAUGGUGGAGAAAAGAACGCAAAUAUUCGACAGCCGGUGAAAUCAAUGAAUACUGUGAAAGGUUUCAAAAAUGAGAAAGAAAAUGAUAAAAAAAAGAAAGAAAGCUGGAAGAAUCAAGCACAUGAUCACGGAUUUAUUAGCAAUACGUUAUGGGAAGAGUGUAAUGACGAUGAACGCCACUACAUCCUUAAAGAAAAUGAUUACGCUAAUUUGAAUCUUUAUGUUGGCAACCGGCAGCGUAAUAGUAAGGGUUCAUCAAAUAAUGUCACGCACGAAGUGGAAUUGAAUUCCAGCAAAUCACUGCGGAAAAGCAACAACAACAUGAACAAAUCAUGUGAUCAUCUUGCAGACAGUUUAGGUUCUCCAAAAAGAAGACCUGGCAGACGAAUGUAUUCCAAUUCCAACAACUGCUAUAGUUCUUCUCAAUCGCUUUGCGAAGGUUGCUCUACAGACCAUGAUGUACAUCAUUACAACGGUUCUGCCAGUUCACGAUUUGGAGCACCUUCAUGGAAUCAAAAAGAAGCAUCCAAUUUAAAUUCAACGCCAGGUAAUAGUGGUAGCAGCUGUCAAAAAGAACAGUGUCCGUUAUCAACAACAUAUCGUUGUCAUCAGCAACAGUACCAUUCGCAGCUGGGCAGUGGUUACUGUGGUGGAGACAUAAGGCGUAACCCAAACAAAUGCCAUACACCCCCAUCACGCCAUGAUUUUGAUGAAGGACCCCUAUGCGCUGCUGACAACGAUCCAAAACCAGCAAGUUCUGAGCGCCAGAGUCCACUGGAUCGUCAACAAAAUUGGUCUUUCAGAAGCAAUCAGUCGGAAAAUUUCGACCAUCGUCGCCAUCGAAACAAUAGAGGUAGUCGUGUCAAUCGAGCUAAUAAUAAAUUACAAGAUAAUCAGGAUUCUGAAAGGAAGGAAAGUUUGGCGAAGAAAUCUGGAGCAUCAUCAAACCAUAUAUCUUUCCAGGAUUUAUGCGCUAGUCUUGAUUCGAUCGACUUGGCUUCAUUUGAUUGGAGCUCAGAAGUAGAAGCUGAAGAGCGACGUAAGAAGGAACGAAAGGAGCGGGAACGCAUGAUUGAGGAAAAACCGUCACAAAUAGACCCCUCCAGUUCUCAGAAUAAAAGAUCUCAACGUGAUCUCGAAUCUCUUUCUAAAUUCCGAAAUCAUUCAGGAGGUGUCAGUGGUAGUAAUAGUUUUGGUCGCUUAUACUCUAGCUCUGUUAAGGAACCGUCGAUCGGACGUAGGCAUCGUUUUACCGAUAAUAUGCUCCCAAGACAACGAAAUGAUAGUUUUACAAGUCAAACAUCAAGUAUUUCCGAAAGCAUCAUGGAACAAAGUGAAGUAGGAGAUAGCAGUGGUGAAAGAACACCAACUAAUGAUGACCGAGAAACGACAUCAAAUUUUUCCGGACAAAAAAAUGGCAGAAAUGGUAGAGGGGAAAGUUGUUACCUGGAUGAGGAAUUCCCAUUUAUUAACCGAGUUCGUAGAUCGGGUAAUCCGGCUGCGAAUUACACGUAUCGAAGCGGACAUGAAAAUAGAGGACGAAAUAAACGCGGAAAUCGAUGGAGAAUGAGGAAGCAAUGUAAUCCAGAAAGAGAAGUAGCUGUGAGUAGCAGUAAUUUUGCAAGUAAUACGCACACUGCUAACAGAGAUAACGAUUUGAGUUCCUCAACAUCUGAUGUCCUAAAAACGACCUCGACUAUACCCGUUAAAGAUGUUAGUGGACCGAAAACCGCUGCAGUGAGAAAUCCUCGAGAGGAUGAGAAACACUUUGGUGUAUCAACGCCGUCUAAUGGAUCAGCAACUCUUCUGGCAGAAGCUUCAAGUGAAUCGCCAUUGAAAAAAACGAAAACUAAUAGAUUUCGAAAGGAGCUGCCGCCUACUGAAUGGCCAAUCCAUUUGGAAAUUUCAUGCAAAGAAGGCCCACAAAUUCAGGCUUUAAACGACACAAUCAAUCAGUUGGUCGAUCGAAUAAUAGAAUCUGCGGAUCUAAGUGCUAGUCAAGAAAUCCUAGUAGCCAGUGAAUCAUUAUCAAAACUUUAUUUGUCAAUUGUGACAAAAAAUAUCAAUUAUACUUAUGCGAUGAAUCUGGAGCAACAUUUAUGGAAACAGUGCUUUUACACAUCCAUAGAAGCUCUGCGCGCUGCUAGUAGUUCAACGGGAAAUUCCUCGCGCGUUUUUCGCACGAGUUUAUUGAAACUUAUCCAGCAGGGUCUUGCUUUUUAUGCACUAUUGUUGAAUAAAUAUGAAGUAUCAUUUGGCUUUAUUGUCGACGACUAUUUGUACUGGCCCUCAAAUUUACCAUCAGAUGAUUUCGUUGGAUGUAUGUUAACUAAUUCUGGGGUUCAUGAAGCGACGGAUCAUAUCGUUAAGGUAGCGCUGCUAUCUACCCAGAGACUAGCAGUUUCGAUUGGUGAUUUGCACCGCUAUAGUGGCAUGGUUUCAGGUAUUAAGGAUUAUUCACACGCAAGAUUAUGGUAUCAGAAAGCAGCGCAGUUGGCUGCGGGAAAUGGACGUUCUUACAAUCAGUUGGCUCUCCUUGCUGUUUAUGAGUCGAAAUGGAUCGAUGUAAUAUUCUACUAUGUGCGAGCGCUAGCAGCACGCUACCCAUUUGAAACCGCACGGCAGCCACUUUUCACAGCUUUCAAUCACGUUCAGAAGAAGGUAAGUGAAUUUGAAAUAGAGUUCAAUGCACGCGUUGGUGAUAGUGCAUCACGGGAGGCCGAAGCAGCUGCCGCUCGGGCUGAUAGGCCACGAGAAAUCUGGAUUGCGCAAGAUGGAAAGCUUUCUUCUGGUGAUUAUGCAAAUAUUGCGGAUCAUCGAGCUAUCCAUGCAUUGAGAUCGGUUUCCACUGUUGAGUUAUUCCGCCGUGCAGUGCCGUAUUUGCUUCAUACAGCUGGACUUCUUAUUACUAAAAUUGGAAUGGAAGAAUAUGACAGUAUUAGCGAACGAGCAUUAUUCCAACUAUCUCAGUUAAUAUCACGUGACGAGUGUCCACUUUCGUCUUUACAUCUCAUACAACUGUGCAUUCUUUUUCUCUAUGCUGUUCACAGUUUAACUCUAAAAAAUAGUGAACCAGGUACUUGUUCCUUACAACAACAACAGGCAGUGCAGAUGGUUCUAAGCUUGUUUGGAGUAAUUUUAAGGCCAAUAUAUGACCAGUUGCCAGAAUUGUCGGAGAUUCUGAACGGUUCUGUUCGCCUACCAUCAAAGAUGCGUCGAGUGCUGCCAGCUCUUUUCGUUAUUUCUGAAUGGUUAUCGAUGCCGUCCGUAAAUCGUUUAUACAGAAGUAUGCCAUCAUUAGAGUCCAUUGAAACUUCACUUAUACAAGUUGAUACUUGGAAAUUAUUUGCCGAUGUUGCGAAUACUUUAGUGACUGCUGAAUCUAAAGGAAUUUUAUCGAGGACUAUUACACAAUCUGAUGGAAAAUUGGGAGAAUAUGUAGAGAUUGUGCUUCCGGAAGCAGUUUUUUUGGCGUCCUUUAUUGAUGUGUUUACGGUAUUGCCGAAAUCAUUGCAGAUGUCAUUCUUAGCAAAUGUCGAUCUUCACAAUAAUCCAACUCUUCUAGCCCUUCAUGCUCGAUUAUCGUCCCUUUUAUCUACAGCAGAAUAUUUGGAUGGUUCGGAAUUGCCAUGCUUUGGAUUCGAUGAGCAUUUGCGUUGUUUUGCUGCAACCCGUUGCGCGUCACCAGUUAACGUCCAAAAUAUGAAAACGAGAGAAUGCAAUGCUGAUUUUGAUCAGCAGUUUGACAACUCAGAGCUUAAACAUGAAAUAAUAGAACAAGAUUUAAGUCAUUUCUCGGAUGAGUAUAGACAUUAUAGACGAACGGUUCACGAAAAUCAAGUAAAACAGAAGCUUCUGGAACGUGAAACAAAGGGAAAUCAAAUGAUUAUUGAAGUGCGCCCAAACUAUUUGGUACCGGAUACAAACACGUUUAUCGAUCAUUUGACGUCUAUUAAAAAAAUUGUUGAAAGUCAUCGAUUCACUGUACUUGUACCAACAACUGUUUUCUCAGAAUUAGAAAGCCUCUCACGUGUAUCAUCUUCAAAACCUACUACUGUUGGAGGACAAGAUUUUCAAGAUCAUUGGGUUGGUGAACGAGCAAAAGAGGCAGUCGCCUAUCUAAAAGAUUUGAUUGGCAAGCAAGUACCUCAAGUUUACACAAUUACCAGCAAAGGAAAUCUAUUAACUUCGCUAAUGUUUGCUACAGAGGAAACUUGUGGUUCAGGGGAACUGAAGACAGUGAAUGACGAUUUUAUUUUAUCAAGUUGUGUGAACUUUGCGAAAACUCGAUCUAAGCCUCCAAACGCCGUAGCAACAACACAGUCAUCGUCGGUAUCUAUGAUUGAUGCGGAGCAGCCAACAAGACUUUAUCGAAGUGUUGUUUUAUUAACUGAGGAUCGUGCACUGAAUAUCAAAGCUGUGUGCGAAAAUAUACCGUGCAGGACAAUACCAAGUUUCAUGAAAUGGGCAGCUCUUAAAUAG